AUGGCAUAUGCAGUGACUAACACACCAUAUUCUGUAUCAAGUGAUGCUGCAGACAAGCUCAGGGAUGUCACUCACUCAGAGGUCAUAACAAAAAACAAGAAAUCCAAGGACAAAGUUCAUUCCUCCGAUAAUAAAACAGAAUAUUCCUUCAGUGUUGUAGAGUCUGACAGUGGUAAAUACACCUGUAGAGGAGAGAGGAGGAGUGACUCUCAGAGAUCAGAGAUCAGUGAUGCUGUUACACUGAUUGUAUCAGACAGAGGUCAGGCAGUACUGAGAGCUUCUCCACAGAGCUGGCUGACUGAAGGAGACUCAGUGACUCUAAGCUGUGAGGUCAGAGGCUCCUCUACAGGCUGGACAUUCAGCUGGUACAGAGAUAAAGAUGAGCUCCUCUUAGACAGCAGCAGAGGAGCUGGAGGCUCCUACACACUCAGCCCUGCAGCUCUUAAUCACACAGGAGUUUAUGGGUGCAGAGCAAUGAGAGGAGAAACAGCCUAUCACACACAGUACAGUGAUGCACAGCCACUAUGUGAGAAAAACUAG